AUGGGUACACUUGAUGAUAUGAAUCAUUUGAAAAAUAAACGUAUUCGCUCUGUAGCGGAUCUUUUACAAGACCAGCUCGGGUUGGCUCUGGCUCGUUUAGAAAAUGUAGUUAAAGGAACUAUAGGCGGAGCAAUUAGGCAUAAAUUGAUACCUACUCCUCAGAAUUUGGUAACUUCAACUCCGUUAACAACUACUUAUGAAUCCUUUUUCGGAUUACACCCAUUAUCUCAAGUUUUGGAUCGAACUAAUCCAUUGACACAAAUCGUUCAUGGGAGAAAGUUGAGUUAUUUGGGCCCUGGCGGAUUGACAGGGCGAACUGCUAAUUUUCGGAUACGAGAUAUCCAUCCUAGUCACUAUGGGCGUAUUUGCCCCAUUGACACGUCUGAAGGAAUCAAUGUUGGACUUAUUGGAUCUUUAUCAAUUCAUGCUAGGAUUGGUGAUUGGGGGUCGUUAGAAAGUCCGUUUUAUGAACUCUUUGAGAAAUCAAAAAAAGCACGGAUACGGAUGCUUUUUUUAUCGCCAAGUCAAGAUGAAUAUUAUAUGAUAGCGGCAGGAAAUUCUUUGGCUCUUAAUCGGGGCAUUCAAGAAGAACAGGCUGUACCAGCUCGAUACCGACAAGAAUUUUUGACUAUCGCAUGGGAAGAGGUUCAUCUUCGAAGCAUUUUUCCUUUCCAAUAUUUUUCGAUUGGCGCUUCUCUAAUUCCUUUUAUCGAACAUAAUGAUGCGAAUCGAGCUUUAAUGAGUUCUAAUAUGCAACGUCAAGCAGUUCCACUUUCUCGAUCCGAAAAGUGCAUUGUUGGAACUGGAUUGGAACGCCAAGUGGCUUUAGAUUCGGGGGUUACCGCUAUAGCCGAACACGAGGGAAAAAUCCUUUAUACUGACACCGAGAAGAUAAUUUUAUCCGGCAAUGGGGAUACUCUAAGUAUUCCAUUAAUUAUGUAUCAACGCUCAAACAAAAAUACUUGUAUGCAUCAAAAACCUCAGGUUCGACGAGGUAAAUGCAUAAAAAAGGGACAAAUUUUAGCGGACGGUGCUGCUACAGUUGGUGGGGAACUCGCUUUGGGGAAAAAUAUAUUAGUGGCUUAUAUGCCAUGGGAAGGAUACAAUUUUGAAGAUGCGGUACUCAUUAGUGAGUGUCUAGUCUAUGGUGAUAUUUAUACUUCUUUCCACAUACGGAAAUAUGAAAUUAAGACGCAUGUGACAACCCAAGGUCCUGAAAGGAUCACUAAAGAAAUACCGCAUCUAGAAGGCCGUUUACUCCGAAAUUUAGAUAAAAAUGGAAUUGUGAUGCUAGGAUCGUGGGUUGAAACGGGUGAUAUUUUAGUAGGUAAAUUAACGCCUCAGGUGGCGAAAGAAUCCUCGUAUGCUCCGGAAGAUAGAUUAUUACGGGCCAUACUUGGCAUUCAGGUCUCGACCUCAAAAGAAACUUGUUUAAAAUUGCCUAUAGGUGGUAGAGGUCGAGUUAUUGAUGUGAGAUGGGUUCAGAAAAAGGGGGGUUCAACUUAUAACCCAGAAAUAAUUCGUGUAUAUAUUUCACAGAAACGUGAAAUCAAAGUAGGUGAUAAAGUAGCUGGAAGACAUGGAAAUAAAGGUAUCAUUUCAAAAAUUUUGCCUAGACAGGAUAUGCCUUAUUUACAAGACGGGAGACCCGUGGAUAUGGUGUUCAACCCAUUAGGAGUACCCUCACGCAUGAAUGUAGGACAGAUAUUUGAAUGCUCGCUUGGGUUAGCGGGAAGUCUGCUAGAUAGACAUUAUCGAAUAGCCCCUUUUGAUGAGAGAUAUGAACAAGAGGCUUCGAGAAAAUUGGUGUUUUCCGAAUUAUAUGAAGCCAGUAAGCAAACAGCGAAUCCAUGGGUAUUUGAACCCGAGUAUCCGGGAAAAAGCCGAAUUUUUGAUGGAAGAACAGGAGAUCCUUUUGAACAGCCUGUGAUAAUAGGAAAGCCCUAUAUUUUGAAAUUAAUUCAUCAGGUUGAUGAUAAAAUACACGGACGUUCUAGUGGCCAUUAUGCACUUGUUACACAACAACCCCUUAGAGGCCGUUCUAAGCAGGGGGGGCAGCGGGUAGGCGAAAUGGAGGUUUGGGCUCUCGAGGGGUUUGGUGUUGCUCAUAUUUUACAAGAGAUGCUUACUUAUAAAUCGGAUCAUAUUAGAGCUCGCCAAGAAGUACUUGGUACCACUAUCAUUGGAGGAACAAUACCUAAACCAGAAGAUGCUCCAGAAUCUUUUCGAUUACUUGUUCGAGAACUACGAUCUUUGGCUCUGGAACUGAAUUAUUUCCUUGUAUCUGAGAAGAAUUUCAGGAUUAAUAGGAAGGAAGUUUAA